AUAUCAACUGCGCAAACACUCUCUAGACUUUGAAACCAGUCGCAGCGAUUAAGUGCUCCCUAUCUCUGUGUAUGAGUUCUGUAACAGAAAGCGACAAAGAGCCAAUUAUACUAGCAGGCCCCAACGAUGAUGCUUUGCAAGACUUUAGAAGAACGUUAACUGAUAUCGCUCCAGAGAUUCUACAGAAAGGGAGAAAUCUGCGGAUACUCGUAGGCAAGAAACUGUUUGAGGAAAAUUUGAAUUUAAGUCAUUGCAAAUGCUUCCUGGUGAUGCCACGUGCUAGUCGCACCCGUGUCUACAUAGAGGGUGACCGUACUAGCAUGUAUCAAGAGCUCAAACACAUGUGCUUGACAAGCGACGACAAAUGGGACAUCGAACGCGUUUUGAUUGUAUUGUAUCAAAACGAAGAAGUUGCACAAAAAGAUGAUCUGUAUGAUUAUCAGAAGAUCGACUUAUGGUGGGAUCCUGGACCCCAAAAAGAACUCGAGCAGUUUGCCACAGAAGACCACCUCUUCAGCCUCAAAAGUGCACUUAACUUGAAACAGAAAAACGUCAUUCGCAAAUUUUUAGGAUACAAAAAGAUUUCAAGCAGAGAAUCGGAAUACAGUAAUGAAACAAUAAAACAAAAGUUGGUUACUACAAUCUGGUGGCUUGCAUCGUUGGUUUGUCACUGUAUUACUUGGUUGCUGACAACUAUCUUCGGAACUACAAUCUGGCGACUUGCAUCGUUGGUUUGUCACUGUAUUACUUGGUUGCUGACAACUAGCUUCAGAACAACAGCUCACUGCUGCCUCACUUGGUUGCUAGACACCAAGCUAGUGAAAUUGAUCUGCUGCUGUUUUACGUGGUUGCUGGCUACUAAGCUGGUAAAGUUGUUCUUUCUUGGUUAACUCGGAUGCAGAAUACUAUUUUAGGAGCAAUGGUCAGCUGCUUUUAUACUUAGUUGAAGAACGUUGGUGACACUAACCUGCAGAUUUUUUACUUGGUUUCUGACAUUGACAAUAAUUGACUUGGUUGUACAACCUCCGCGUUUGCUGUUGUCAUGCCUGAAAAAGCUAGGUGGCUUAUUAGGCGAA